UUGUAGAUCAUGGAGCUUUGUGGUGCGACAAGGCUUGGUUAUUUUGGAAGAAGUCAGUUCUACAUUGCUUUGAAGCUUGUAGCUGUUGCCCAGUCUGGUUUCCCAUUAAGAGUGGAAAGUAUAAACACAGUAAAGGAUCUUCCUCUUCCACGAUUUGUCGCGUCAAAGAAUGAACAAGAGUCUCGCCAUGCAGCCUCGUAUUCUUCAGAUUCUGAAAACCAGGGCUCUUAUUCUGGUGUGAUACCCCCUCCUCCUGGCAGGGGCCAAGUUAAGAAGGGACCUGGAAGCCAUGAUGCAGUUCAGCCUCGUCCAUCUGCAGAUCAGCAGGACCCUGCAUCUCCAGUAGUUUCACCUCAGCAGUCCCCACCAACCUCUCCACACACAUGGAGGAAGCACAACCGCCAUCCCAGCGGGGGGAACAGUGAGAGACCUCUUGCAGGACCAGGGCCAUUCUGGUCUCCUUUUGGUGACGCACAAUCAGGCUCUGCUGGCGAUGCUGUGUGGUCUGGCCACUCCCCGCCUCCACCUCAAGAAAACUGGGUCAGUUUUGCAGAUACUCCACCAACCAGUACUCUUUUAACCAUGCAUCCUGCUUCUGUCCAGGACCAGACAACAGUACGAACUGUAGCCUCAGCUACAACUGCCAAUGAAAUUCGUAGGCAAUCCAGUAGUUAUGAUGAUCCCUGGAAAAUAACAGAUGAACAAAGACAGUAUUAUGUAAAUCAGUUUAAAACCAUUCAACCUGAUCUAAACGGAUUUAUUCCAGGAUCUGCAGCUAAAGAGUUUUUUACAAAAUCAAAACUUCCUAUUCUUGAACUUUCUCAUAUUUGGGAACUCUCAGACUUUGACAAGGAUGGCGCAUUGACCCUGGAUGAGUUUUGUGCUGCUUUUCAUCUGGUGGUUGCUAGAAAAAAUGGCUAUGACUUACCAGAAAAGCUCCCUGAAAGCCUCAUGCCCAAGCUGAUUGAUUUGGAAGAUUCAGCAG